AUGUCACUAGAAGCGAUCAAGUUUGACAGAGCUGAUAAAACAAACUACUCUGUUUUCAUUUUGGACCAGACAUUGUUGCCCUAUGUCAACAAGUAUUUACCUGUGGAUACAAUAGAGGAUGGAUACAAUCUGAUCAAAUCUAUGAAGGUUAGAGGUGCCCCGGCAAUCGCAAUUUCUGGUGUUUUAUCGGUUUUGAUGGAGUGCCAGAAACUCAGUAAGAAGUAUAACGCCGGAGAAAAAGGUGAUUGCGAUUUGUCCAACUACGACAGCUUUAAGCAGAUAAUGCUCUCACGACUAGAUUUCUUAUUAAGAUCGAGACCAACUGCUGUAAAUCUCCAAAAUGCCAUAAACGAAGUGGUUGCCUUGCUAAAUGAGCCAUAUUGUGGUUCUUUUGAUGAGUUCCAUCAAAAACUGUACGACUACGCUUGUAAGUUACUUGAUGGAGAUUUGGAAAACAAUAAGAGAAUGGGGGACCAUGGUGCCAGUUUUCUACAGGAAUCACUUUCAAGUGAAGGAUUCGAAGGUGAAUUUGGCGUACUGACAAUAUGUAAUACAGGAUCACUUGCUACAUCCGGGCACGGUACUGCUCUUGGUGUGAUUCGCUCAUUAUGGAAAAUGUCACAAGAAAAACCUACAAAACCCCGCAUGGUGCAUGUUUUUCCACUAGAAACAAGACCUUAUAAUCAAGGAUCCAGGCUGACUGCAUAUGAGUUAAGGCACGAUGGUAUUCCUUCAACAUUGAUAACGGACUCCUCUGUAGCCUAUAAAAUCAGUACAUCACCUGUACCAAUUAAAGCUGCCUUUGUGGGCGCCGACAGGAUUGUUGCCAAUGGAGAUACCGCUAACAAGAUUGGUACCUUUCAACUAGCAAUCCUCUGUAAGCACUUUGGAAUUAAAUUUUAUGUUGUAGCGCCUAAAUACACCGUAGACCUUGCUACUGCCACAGGAGGUGACAUUUUUGUUGAGGAACGCCCCGCAGAUGAAUUUAGGCUAGUGACUGGCACUUCUGUGGACUCGGACACCGCAAAGCCAGUUUUGGACCAGGAAGGUGCUCCAGUCAUCAGUAAAGUGGGAAUUACACCACCGGAUAUGCCAGUUUGGAACCCAUCGUUCGAUGUUACCCCACAUGAAUUCAUCGACGGUAUCAUAUUGGAGGACGGUGUUUUAUUAAAGGACGGAGAUGGGAAGUUCGAUCUGAGCCAGAUAACUAAUAGUAGGUAG